GCGUUGAGGCGCAUCUCGUACGCAACCUGUGAACCUCAGCACGCUCAAUUCAGUUUUCUCGCCCGAGAACCUAGAGCGCACUUCAGCAUACAGUAUUGUCAUUCUUUUAUUACCGAAUCUGCAGAACAGACCGAACAAGGAGACCGGGCAGAUGCAAGGGGCAACGAGGACCGAGAUAGCUGGUAUUCGCCAGCUGCCGUUGAACGUGUUCAAUGCCGCAGUUGGAGCAAGAAAGCGGUCGGAGAGAAGAGAUCGGUCGCUCGCUCCGCUCGGUUUCGCGGCGGUGGUGGGGAUAGGAGCCGUGUGGGCCGCUGGUGCUACUCCAGCUUGGUGUUCCUCUUUCGACUUCAGUUUCUCUCUAUACGUACUGGGGAGGUAUUGCCAUACUCCGAGCCUGGCUAGCAUGCUCUAGGCCUACAGUCUCGUAGUUACCUGAACCGCCCGGACCUGGCCUCCGUCACAGGUAGAACAUAAAGAAACCGAAACCUCCGGGGACAGAACGAGGAUCCAAGUGCCCUCCGCCAGGUGACACCAGGGAAGAGUGCAACGGAGUACACCGCCGCUACGCGAAUCAAUCCGCAAGAAUUAAUCGAGUGAUCCGUUGGAACUGUUCAUCGACUGAGAUCCAUACGAAUCUUCGUAAACUUUCGCAUCAGAAUAAUCGAGGUAUAAAAAUUGAAAGGAAGACAGAUACUUAAUCCUCCAGUGACGUCCCAAGAGAUAAGUGCAACAGGAAGACUUCAGAGCUAAAAGCAAGAAAUAAGAAACAUCAGCACAUCCGACGGCGGUCUCAAACUCGCGUUCAAUUAGGAUCGUGUUCCCAGAGCUAGGCACGCCGGUGUCGCGACAGCCUAACGGAUCCGUGUCCGGCGAUGUUCAGCGGAAAAAGGAGAAAUGUGCGAAGCCACCGGUGAACCCGAGAGCGCGAGCCUGGAUCAUUGAUCCCGGGAUAAAACAAACUGAACGAUACGGAUCUCGGAUAUUACUUCUUAGGGUGCAUAUCGCCGGCGUUAUCAGUGUGCCCCGCAUCGCUGCGGUCGGCCCGGUCAAUUGUGAGGCUUGAAUGAGGAGAAUCCUACUGCGGGUCCGAUCCGCCACGUCAGGCCGGCCCCGCGAAGAUUAAAGGCGGUGCACGGGGGUAAGGAGAGCGCGAGCGCGCUCGGUCGACCGGCAACGGAGAAAAUUCACGGAGCCGCUCUAGUGGUAGAUUCAAGUAUGGUUGACAGUCGACGAGGACGAAGCGAAAGGCAGCUUCGAACUCGUUAACCGGUUUCCGCGGAUCGGCAUGCAGAACGACACUCGGUGAAGAGUACGCGGCGCGCGCGCGCGGCCGCGAAGUCCCGGGGCCCCUCAAUCUUCCGUUGCGUGGUCCCACGCAUAAAGCGAUCGGACCGGUCCGCGGGAUCAGAGACGGAUGAUCACCUGCCAACGAUAAUAUACCUCGCGAGGGCUCGCUACGGAAUCCAGCCGCUUCUCCAGGAGAACCAUUGACACCGUGAAACGUAUUCCCCCAGCAGCGGAAAGGGGAUAAUCGUGCCGAAGUGGUACGUUAUCGUGAAACGAACUUCGACACUAAAAUAGAAACGCGAGUCGGGAGUUGUUCGACUGGAUUGUUUGCCUUGGUAACUUGAAGGGACGAGGGUGAACACGGGUGUACGUGACGGGAACGCGCGUGUUCGAUCGUCGAAACGUGCCUGCUAGUCGCGCGGUCCGGCGGGAUAUUUUCGAUUCCAGCGGGACAAGUCCGGCUGGAGGUAUUCCUGAAAACGGGGCCCCCGGUAGCGGAACGCCGAUUUGUGGUUUGAAAAGUGUCCGGAGGAAUCCCGGUGAUUUCCGUGGCGCUGAUCGCGCGCGCGGGUCCGUCGCAGGCCCCCCCUCGUUCUCUCCAGUGAAUUCCUCUCGGCGAGAGCGCGGCCCUCGCCGCUCUGCCAGUUGAUAAGUGAAUGAAGGCUCCGGCCGGUGUUCUGUGCGUGGCUACAGAGCCGGUAUGCCAUUACUAUACGAAUUAGAAAGUGUGCUAGGUGAUGUGAACAAGUGUGUGCAACGGCCGGUCGAAGCACGCCGGGUUGUAUGGAGAACUUGUUGUACGCCUUCGUGGCACAGCGGCGAUUUAUCGGAUAAUUUUUCGGUUCGUCGAUGAAUUAUGAACGACCACGAACUUCCGUUGCUGUCUCUGUCCGUUGAUAGAGGUUUGAUGGUAUCCGUUGAAUGGAAUUCUCAGGGAAAGUGUCUUUCGUUCGUUACCGAUCGAGUCUGUGAUUUGAACCGUUGCGCGUGCGGGUAGGGUUGGUUUAUUCAACGGAAGUGUGUCGAAUCAACCGGAAAAAUUAGCAAAAUUCGGCGAAAGCCGCGAGCCGUGCGCUUCGAGCCGAGUUGGAAGACGAAGAGGUGCAACGGUCGCCGUGGCAUGAGGAGGUUCACACGCAGGCGCAAAACCCUGGCCGCAUUCUCUGCGAUUAUGGGACGCCUUGGUAAAGGCUCGCAGAGCACAACGAGGCCCAUCUUCAGGGUGCAGUAUCGCAAGCUUGUAGACGAGUACUCGCAGCAACAAGAACAGCUGAAGUUUAUGCCAGCGUUGCCCGACUACAUGUCGUACUGCUGUUGUCGAUGUGGUCACACUCAGAAACUCAAAGCCGAGGAGUUGAACACCCUUGUCGGCAAUGCUUUUCGUAUGGCAUACGUGGCGCAACUCCAGCGCCAACCGAUCCUUCAGGAUGUGAUCUCACCGCAGUCAUCGCCACCCUAUCGCAAAGACAAACAGGAGACCCGGUCCUCGUGGAACAAAUCGCUGGCUGGCGACAGUUCGAUCGCCGGCGUGGGAGGUGGUUGCAGAAAUUCAUCCUCGAAUUCGUGGCUAAAAAGUCGAACGUCGCCCACGUCCAGAACUGGAAGCGGUUCGUCUGCGGCGGACAUGAACGUGCAGCUCGGCAGCGCCGGCUCGCCCACGCUGCGACUCGCCAGCGUGAAGACUCCGAACACGAUUCCUGGUCUACGACCAACGCACAACUUCACCAAUGUCCUUGGUCCCAUAACGAACGAGGACGAACCAAAGAGUAUCUCUCAGCAAAGUACACCAAGCAGCGACGAGAGCAACUCACCGACAGAACUUAACUCGUACAAGAGGCUAACGGACAAGCCACCUCUGAUAAAGCGGCUGGCGAUGGGUUUGACAGGUGGACGUGACGUUCUUGGUUUAAACGGCGAGGAUGACAGCUGCCCCCUCGUCAGCGGUAGUAGCACGCCGACGAGCCCCUCGAACAGGCCGCAUUCUGGGGGUUACAUAAACGAGACGAUCAUCGACUCGGAGGGCACCAGGCCAGCGUACAACAAAAUCCCCCCAUCCGAGAGUUUGGACAACACUAUCAAUGCGUCCAUCACUGCGAAAAAUUUCAACAUCGAGAACAACAGGAUAGGACACAAUUCCCCGCCGAGUUCAGGAACAGAAACAGAAUUCAAAUCAAAAAGAAGAUCUCAGAUUAGUACCUCGAGCAGUUCGGUACCUGCUGACGGAAGUACUCACGGAUCGACGCCAACACCGCCACCCCUGCCGGAAAGAACGGACAGCUUGAAUAACCGCAGCGAGGAAGCCGAGUUGCGUAAAGCUCCGUGGUUCCAAGCUGGCAUACCAAGGGAAAUAACACUGGAAGUGUUGAGCCAAGAACCGGAAGGAGCGUUCAUGGUGCGCGAGAGCACCAGUAAACCCGGAUGUUAUGCCCUUUCGCUUCGAGUGCCGCGCGAAUUCCAGCCAAGCGGAAUAGCCCAUUACCUUAUAAUGCGUACGAACAAAGGCUACAAAAUCAAGGGCUUCACAAAGGAGUUCACGACACUGACUGCCCUAAUUACUCACCACUCGGUGAUGCCAGAAUUACUGCCGUGCCCAUUGUCAUUAAGCCGAUACAACCCUAGCUUCGUGAAAAGCGACUCGAACAAAGAUUUCGCGGACAUCGAUUCCGAUCCCGAUUACAAUACCCUCGCCGACUUCCGUAAGAUGAUGGCCGACCUGAACGUUUAGAAUGAAUCCGACGAUCGAACCGAUUCGGACGGUGUUCAUUCCCCGCGAAUGUUUGUCUCUGGUAUUUUAUGCGAUCGAGGCGAAUUCGUGCCGAGACGAGAGACUGAAUUACGCUUUAAAAAACGGGAUCGUACACAAAAUGGUGUGCGACCAGUGAAAACACGAAUCAUAAUAGAAUCGCUAUACCGUGAUGUCGUCUUUUCUUACGCCAUUUUAGUUCCAGGCGUAUUCGUCGAGGAACGAAGGGAUUUCUUGGUUUCGUGAUUGACAAAACAGGAAAAAAGAACGUCUUCGCGUCCGAAGAACGUUGUAUGUUCUUCGCGUACUAGUAGGACAUUGCGAGAACGAUAUAAUGUAUAAUAAGGAAUUUACGGAUCGCUAUUCUUAACAGAAAUAACGGCGAAUCAAAAGUUGAACUGCAGUGAUACAUAUUCCUUAUACUUACGAAAUGCGUGUGGAAGGGUUUCGCGUGGACCACGCUUUUUGCACGUAGGGGAACGUAGCCCUAGACACAGCGGAACCACGACACCUGAUAUCAUUAAAUCAAAACGCAGAUAAAAUGUUUCGGGAGUACCUUAUCGACAUGUUAACGUGACCGGACGCCAGCUGUGCGAAAUAGAAUAUUGAAACGCUGACUAUGUUCACAGGUAGUUUUCAAACGGAACGAGAGAUCAAAGCGAGAUGAGUAUAUUUUUUAAUGUCAUUGCGAACGUCUUCGGAGUGGAUUUCGUUUCGAACGGACUGGUGAAAAUUCAUUGGCGUUGCGAUACCGAUCGAAUUUAGUUUAGGAGUGUCCAUAUCGCGGAAUUACGUUGAAUAUUGAAAUUCUACCGGUAAAGUAUUACCAAGGAAGUGUAACUUUGAAUUAGAUUUUAUACGUCGGCAAUUCGAUUAAGUAUAAUUUUUCGAUCAAUUGGGAAAGAUGAAGGGGAGAACCGUUCCCUGGAUUCCGUAAUUAACGUUUCACGUGACUAUACGGCGUGCCGGGAAAUUAAUGUACAUGUGUUCAUAUGUAUAUAAAUUAUAAUUAUUGUUCUACCAUACUACUUAUAUUUAAUUAAAUGGAACUCGACGGCAGCGUUACAAAGUGCUGUAUCCUUGGAACACUGGCGGGACGAAGCGUAGUUUUUCGUGGAACAUUUAAAGCCGACAGAGAAAAUAACUUUGAAGUGGUAAUUUAAUCGGUCGACUAACCUAGUCUUGUACAGAAUUUGCGUACGCAUAGUGAAUAUUAAGAGGGAAACAUAAGAAAAGAAUAACGGUUAUGUGUGUGUAUCAGCCGAUAUUGUCUAGCGAAACGACGAAAC